GGUUAUAGAAUAAUGGGUCAAGCGCAAAGUGAGGAUGAUAGAGAAGUUGGCCUCUCUCAGAUUCAGGAGUUGUACAAGAAGUUUGCAAACGAGUGCCCCAGUGGAAAGCUUCAUCUACAUGAGUUCAAGAGGAUUUUUGGAAUCACAAGUGACUCAACAGAAGAGGAAUCUGCCUACAUGGAGAACUUGUUCAGAUCAUUUGAUGCUAAUAACGAUAACACCAUAGACUUCAUGGAAUACGUAGCUGCCCUGCACCUGGUUCUCCGUGGCAGGCUUGAGGACAAACUGAAGUGGUCUUUCAAAGUUUAUGACAGGGAUGGAAAUGGACGACUGGACAGACAGGAAGUAAAACAUGUAAUCAAGAUUAUCUACAAACUGCGGAAGCAUGACCAUCCUUCAGACACUGAAAAACUCACUCCAGAUGAGAUAUGUGAGAGGAUCUUUGAACGUAUUGAUCAAAACAACGACGGUCAAAUCUCACUACAGGAGUUUAUAGAAGGAGCUCAAAGGGACCAGUGGGUUAUGGAUCAACUCAGGCUUGACCUGCGGCCCACCGGUUGGUUUAUCAACCACCAGAAUAAAAAUUCAUGAGGCCUACCAAAAAAUCAGGAAUCGAACAUGCCAAUUCUGACUUGAAGGCAAAUCUGAUUUUGGAGGAUUCUUGGCAUUUGCAUCAUCUGAAGACUCAGCUGGAC